ACCCCGCCCCCGCCGUCUGGCCAAUGGCCGUGCAGCUCCGGCCCCCACUCUCCUGUCCUGCUGGGGAGGGUUCCGGGCUAUAGGCUACAGGAGGCAGGUUGCCUGGCCGUGGCUACCCCGAGUCCAUCUACCCUUCAUGGGCCAGAGCCCUCUGUCACUUCACAACCCGGAUAGCGAUGACGUUUGCCGAGGACAAGACUUAUCAGUAUAUCCGCAACCAUCACAGGAAUUUUUGCAAGAUCCAUGUUCUGGAGAUUCUGCCUUACCUGUCCUGCCUCACAGCAAGUGACCAGGACCGACUGCGGGCCUCCUUUGAGCGCUGGGGCAACCAGGGCACCCUCUGGGACCUCUUCGACAGCCUUCGGCGGAGGAGCGGCUGGGUACAGUCCUUCAUCGGGGCACUGAGGAUCUGUGAGCUGUCUGAUCUCGCUGACGAAGUGUCCCGUGUCUACCAGAACAGCCUGCUGCGGAAUUCAAACAGCCCCCCAGCUCCACUGGAGCCGCCAUCUACUCCUGCUGAGGCUCCAGGGCCUUCCAGACCUGCUGUGGCCCCCAGCAUCCCCCACAAUGGCUACAGAGAGGAUGAGCCAAGUUACCCCAUGCCUGUCCAGGAUACCCAGUCGCCAGAGGCCCCAGGAGAGAGUUCAAAGACAGCGCCACAGCCACCCAACUCUGGGGCUGUCCUGAAGAGGCCAGGUGGCCCCCUGGAGCCCUCCUCUGAUGUGGCCCUCAGCCCUCUGACCUCAGGUGGGCAUCAGAAGCAGGACACAGAACUGGGCAGUGCCCACACAGCAGGCACGGUCUCCAGCCCCACGUCACCCCGUGGGCCUGUGUCUCCGACUGUCUCCUUCCAGCCCUUGGCCCGUUCUACCCCCAGGGCAAGCCGUUUGCCUGGACCACCCGUGUCUACUGCCUCCUCCUCCACUGGCUUGGCCUCUGCAGGUGGAGCUGGUGACCAGGUUGAAGCUACCAUCUGCUCCGGUGGGGCAGGGGUGCCCACCACCUCUGUGACUGCCAGCAUGGUGCCCUCUAAAGUGCCCACCAACUCAGCAUUUGCCAGCACCAUGCCUUCCAAGUUGCCCACCAGCCUCAAGCCCCCUGGUGCAAUGUCCACUAACGUGUCCCCCAGUGUAGCACCAUCCAAAUUGCCCAUCAACUCCACGCGUUCUGGCGCAAUGUCACCCAAAGUGCCUACUGGCUUGCUGCCGGACCACAGGAAACCUACAAGCACGGUGGCCAGCAAGGUGCCUGCCAACACUGGGCCCACCAUCAGGAGCAGCAACCGUCCUGAAAAGGAGACUCCAGCAUCUCCAGCGCCCAUAGGCACUGCUGCUGGAGGCACCUCGCCCUGGCCAGACAGCAACUCUGACCGCUGGGACUCAGAGGAGCCGGAGCUGAGCAAGCCUGGUAGGCUGGUGUCCAGGAUGGAUAGCCAGCCUUUCUCGGGCUCCUCCGAGGACCUCGCCAUCAGCUACAGCAAUCCUCUGGGCUCAGGGCCUGACAACACCCCAGAGGAGAACGAGUACGUGUCAGUGGAUACUAUUAGGAUCCAGGGGGACCCCAGCACCCCACCUGUAGGGGACAGCCCGGGGCCACUCACUGCCUCGGAGUUCCAGGCAGAGGAGGAGUUGGAAGAGGGGUUGGAAGAGGUCAAGACUGAGGCUAGGGCUCCGUGGGUUGGGGUGGCGGUGGUUGGGGUGCUUCUGGCCACACUCCUGGCCAUGCUGUACCGGCGGCGCCUGCCCCAGUGAGGCUCCUGGGCCCUGUCCACCACGUAUCUGUUCCCUUCUCCAAGAUACAUCUGCCUGAGCCACAGAGCCAAGUUAUCCCAGCAUCCCUGACCCUUUUGUGGAGCUGGCAGAGGCUGGGUCAGAGGGGAGGCAGGGGGCCCCAGGCUUAGUCCUAGCAGGGAGCAUUUCGGUCCCAUUGUCCUCUGUGGCUCCCCCACCAUCCUUGGCUUUUGGGGACCCGUGCUGCCCUGGGUGCUCCAGACCAUCUGGCCAUCUGGGUUGUUACCUUUGUCCUCUGGAGGAGGUGCCUCUGUCCCAAGUCCAAGGAUCAGGAGGUGCAGCUGGAGACCGCAGGGCGUCAACAACAUCCGCUGUCCUGCCCUGAUCCCUGGCAGCCCACAGCAGAUGGGUGGGGCAGGGGGCCCCACAGGACUUUGCUCCAGCCCCCAGGGGCCCCAGGAACAGCAUGGUGGCCCAUCUCUAAGGACCUAGUCCCCUGCCUCCCCUGGCACACAAGGAUGGGAGGAGGUCCGGAGAGUCCCAUGGACCCCUGGGAAGCCUGACCAGCUGCUGGGCCUGAGAACCACCUAAAGAGCCCCUCUCCAGCCCCCGUAUCCUGGUCUCUCUUCACCUCCCUAUGGGGGCUGGGGAGGGAACACCUGCAGGGCAGAGCUCAGGCCAAGGUGCAGAUUUCGGCUCCACCCCUUCCUGGGCUGUGUGGCCUUGGCAGCUCAUCAGACUUCUCUGGUCUUGCUCACCCAUGUGGACGGUGAGUGUCAUGCCUUAUCCUUCACUGCCUUCUCCUGAGAUUGAAGCCUACAUGUCUUUGUCAAGUGCCUGGCUCAGAGCAGGUGGCUGCUAAAUGCUUUUCCCCAUCUCUCCCUGCCCGGCCUGGUGGAGAUGAGGGGUGAGAGGCAGGGAGCCAGGUGGGUAAGGGGGUACCACUGUGCUGUAGGGUGGCCUAGGUCUGCAUCCCGCUCUCACUAAUUCUGUGCUCUUGGGCAAGAUAUUAACCUCUCUGUGCCUUAGUUUUCUCACCUGUAAAAAGAGGAUGAGUAGUGGAAUUUUAUAUAUAUAGAUACACACGUCCUAGUGUCAUAAGGAUUAAAUGAGUUUAUCUAUUUAAAUCUUAGAAUGGUUCCUGGCAUUUCAUUGACUAAGGGUUGGGUACAUGUUUGUCACUAUUCAAUGUGGAGGGACUGGAGCACUUGGCUACACCGUUAGAAGCAGAGCCAGGCCAUACGCCUAUGUCCCUUUUAUAUUUGCCCCUUCCUUUGUCCCGGGCACUGGGGAAUUACUGGGGAGGGAGGUCUAUCCACUGGGGCAAUUCUGCAGGGUGGGGGCUGGGGUGCUCCCCAGCAACCAGAUGGAUUGGGGGGUACCCUAGUGGGUUCUUUUCAGGCAGCCAUUGCUGGACAAGGGGCAGGGACAGGGGCCUCGGGAGCUCCCUUCAUUUCUGGGCUCUGCAAGCAGGACCAGAGCCCUGAGGAGACAUAAGGGGUGGGCGUCCCUGGGACCCGCCCCCAAGCUGUCAGUCUGCAGGGUCCUGCACCCUGCUUGGGCUGCUACAGCCUUUCUUUGCACUGCCCUAGGGGACCUCAGCAGCCUAAUGACCUUGGCUUCUACCUCUAGAUUUCUCUUCAACCCUCUCCAAAUGGAACAACCUGCACCCUGAAGCUAGGAGUGGUCCCUACCCACGCUGUCUGCAACCACUCCCUAUCACCCUUGCUCUUAACCACCCCUCUGUGCUCCUUCUUCACUCCCAGGUAUCCAAGUCAGGGAACAAUUCAUGCACAGGUACUGGUUUUAAAGUGCUACCCUCUCAAGGUGGCUUGGGAACAAAGUAUCUCGACAGCAGUGUGUAGACCUAAGGGAUGCUACAUAAAUGGUAGGAUUUCAGAAUUCCCAUCAUGGCUCAGAGGAAAUGAAUCCGACUAGGAACCAUGAGGUUGCAGGCUUGAUCCCUGGCCUCGCUCAGUGGGCUAAGGAUCCAGCAUUGCUGUGAGCUGUGGUGUAGUUCACAGAUUCAGCUCGGAUCUGGCGUUGCUGAGGCUGUGGCGUAGACUGGCAGCUGUAGCUCCAAUUAGACCCCUAGCCUGGGAACCUCCAUAUGGGGGCAGCUCUAAAAAGCAAAAAAAGAAAAAAGGUAGGAUUUCAAGUACGGUGACCAGCCAAGGGGGAGAUACUUUUUGGAUAAGGUGUGUAGAAAGCAGUCAGGGAUGUACCUGGUCCUUUGCAAAUUAUGCUCCCCAGAAGCCCUGACUUGGCCUGCAUCGAACAGCACCCCUAUUUUGGCUGUUGUUGAUCUGAAGGCCUCUAAAAUGCCAACUUGAAGCAGGCUUGGGAAUUGGCCAGUAUAUGGAGGCCUGUGGCCAGAAGAGGGCUUGGGGGAGUUGAUGGGAUGUGUCAUAUCUCAGGAGUCCUGGGUUUCAGCAGCAAGAGGGUGCGUGUGGGAGGGUUCCUCAUCCCCAUGGCCUGAGUGAUGUGGAGGGAGGGAGGACCAAAGAGGGCCUUUACCCCAAGAGGUGAGCACAGCCACCUCUACCUAGAGGCUUGGAGAAGCACCCUUUACCUUUCAGUAAAGGCUGUGGGGCCAGAGGGGCCAAUGGCAUCCUAAACACUUACAGCAGCCUCACCUGUAGCCCAGUAUACAUCCGUAUUUAAAAAAAAAAACAAAACACCCUCUCCAUCUUUUCUCUCUCCUGUUGAAACAUUUCCUGCAAAGCCCAAGAGCCACCAAUGCUUCUCUUUUGCUGGGAAAUAGCUGUCACCUUUGCUUGAUGACCCACUGCAGCCAGACUCACAUCACAUCCUCACCUUGUUUUCCUGGUUGGAUGUACUCAGAUUUAACUGACUUAGGGGAAUUUCUGGUCAAAUAUCAGCAAGAUGCCCUUUCCUCUUUCAGGCUUUGGGUUGGGUUAUUCAUAGCUUCUUUUGUUUGUUUAUCGGCCACGCCUGUGGCAUUGUGGAAGUUCCUGGGUCAGGAAUCAAACCUGGGCGAUGGCAGCAACCCAAGCCAAUGCUGGAUCUUUAACCCACUGCACCAGAGGAGAACUCCCGUAGCUUCUAAGCAUUUUUUUUUUUUUUUAUGAAAAACUUUUAAGCUCACACGGUAGAAUAGAUAGAAUAAUACUCCCCACUCCAUAUGCCCAUCAUCCAGCAUCAGUAAUUGUGGACACAUGGCUAGUCUUUUUGUUUGUUUGUUUUGUUUUUUGUCUUUUUGGGGCCACACCCACAGCAUAUGGAGGUGCCCAGGCUAGGGGUCGAAUCAAAGCUGUAGCUGCUGGCCAAAGCCUCAGCCACAGCAAUGCGUGAUCCGAGCCACAUCUGUGACUUACACCACAGCUCACAGGCAACACCAGAUCUUUAGCCCACUGAGCAAGGCCAGGGAUCAAACCUGCAUCUUCAUGGAUAUUAGCUGGGUUCAUUGCCGCUGAGCCACCAGGAAUGCCUCAUGGUCAGUCUUGUUCAUUCCUGCUUGAUUCCCCAUUUUUUGUACAGGUGCCUUUUGUAAAUCAGGGAGUGAGGAGUUCAAAGCCAAGGGAAAGACUUGGGACAAGAGGAUUUUGUGGCAAAGGACCUGUGUUUUCUUCCAAGGUAGCAUGAGGUAACAACGAGGCAUUCCCCUCUUGGUUUCUUGGCAUCGGUGGUGACAUCCCUCUUGAACCAGUUCAAAGUGUGAGCAGCACUGGGUCCCUCUCUUAGGAGGAGGGAAUCAGAGGGGAUUCCUUUACUAACAAGCUCCCCUGAGGUGUCUGGCCACUGCUUCUGUCCCAGAAAGGUGACGAUCAAUGGGCAUGUCCAGUGGCAGUUUGCCCCAUUGCAUGUGGGGUCUCCUCUAGGCUCUGGCAGAGCCCUUCCAGUGGGCAGACCUUCCCACUCUUGUCCAGAUUCAAACUCCACAGCCUGUCUCCUGCUUUUACAGGAGUCUCUUAGGCAUGGAGUCAUUCAGGCCUUGAGGUCCCUUGCUUUCCACCAAUACACUCUGGUGAAGCUGAUGGCCAAGGAACAUUUUUUCCUGCAGGGAAAGUAGUGUAUAUUUUCCUGUAUAGAUCAUCACAGAAUAUUGGGUCAAGUUCCCUGUGCUGCAUACAGGUCCCCGUUGGCCAGUCAUUCCAUAGACCACAGUGUGCUUACACCAAUCCCAACCCCCCCAGUCCACCCCUCUCCCUUCUACAAACUAUUGUUGCCAAGCGAAAUAGGCCUUUGUUGAAUUGAAUUUAGUUCAUGUAACAAUCCAAACAAUUUGGUCAUUGUUUCAGUUGUUUGAGGACCCUCUGUUUCUGGAUUUUUUUUUCCCCACUGUGUGCAGGAUGAGCCACCAAAUUACUAAUGAAAUGGAGAACAGGGCAGAGCCAAAGCUCCACACAAGGCUCUUCAAGACCAUUGGUCAACUGACCUCAUCAGCUGACCUCAUCAUUAACCGAUUAUUCAGGAAUUCUACUUUUCCUACAGUCAUCUAGCUGUUAAGAGUAUACCUAACUCGGAGGAGUUCCCAUCGUGGCGCAGUGGUUAACGAAUCCGACUAUGAACCAUGAGGUUGCGGGUUCAGUCCCUGCCCUUGCUCAGUGGGGUAGGUUGCAGAUGCAGCUCGGAUCCCGCGUUGCUGUGGCUCUGGUGUAGGCUGGUGGCUACAGCUCCGAUUGGACCCCUAGCCUGGGAACCUCCAUAUGCCGAGGGAGCGGCCCAGGAAAUAGCAAAAAGACCAAAAAAAAAAAAAAAAAAAAAGAGUGUACCUAACCCAAUCCCGGUGGAGGUAUAUCCAUUAACUAACGCGGCAUGAGAAGUUAUGUCAAAACUUAACAGUUUAAAACAACGCAUUUAUUAUCUCAGUUUCUGUGGUUAAGAUUUCAAGUGCAGGUUUGCUGGGUCCUCUGACUCAAGGUCUCUCACAAGGCUGCAAUUGAGGGGUUGGCCGGGGUGUAGCCAUCUCAAGCCUCAAUCUGGGGAG